CCGUCUGCUCCACUCUCCUUACCUCCCUCGCUAAAGCAAAAACCACACACAAUCGAAGCUCGCAAUAGUUUUUGAUACCUUUUUUUUCUCAUUUUCUUUGGCUUUCUCUUCUCCUCUUUUUCUUGUUCAAUUUCUUGUCACCACUCCGGCGACUCGCCGGACUUUGAAACUCUUGUCCUGAAAAUAUGGAGGUUUCAGCGAGCAGUCGUUGUUUCGAUUGCCAAAGCCAAAACGUCACGUUCUCUUGUCGGACGUAUUUCGUCAACUUUAAACUUAUUUGUAAACCCUAAUCAAAAGCGACUUAGCGGAGUUUCGAAGUUAUUCCAUGCUUUGUCUAGCAAAUCAGAGGCAUAAUAGUAUAUAAUAAUUGCAGAUAAAAGGUACUUAUUUUAGCUUAAGACUCUAGAAUUUUGGGUAAACGCUUUGGAUUUUCAAAAAGCUUUGGGUUUCUGUGUCGAUUCGCUUCGCUGAUUUGGUUAGAAAGAGAGAGACUGAUGGUUUCGACGGACGUGUAGAGAGUAGAAGCAUCGCCUUUUUUUUUUUUGUUCGGUUUACUAAAUUUUCAACUAAUGUUUAGGUUUCUUCAAAACAUUAAUAAUCUUUAUUCGUUCUCAUGUUUUGGAAUUGAGGGCGAAGAGAUUUAUGAGGAUUAGUGUAGAAGAGUUCAGAGAUUUUUUUGCGUUGUGUGAUUUUGUUUGUAAACUAACUACAAAUUUGUUUACUCGAGAAACAAUAUUAGGUUUUGAAAAUUGGAGAAAUGUUUAUGAUUGUAUUUGAAAGAUCGGUCGUAGUAUCUCUUGAACGACGGUGAUCAUGCCUUUUGCGAUGAAGAUACAGCCGAUCGACUCUCAGACAGCAGAAGAAUCGUUUUUUUAUUCCGAACCAGUAAAGCCGGUGGUGAAAUCGCGACUCAAGGGGCUCUUCGAGCGCCAGUUUUUGAAUAAUUCAGCCGCGGAGAAGGCUGGCUUCGUCGUCGAGGAGCCGCCGCCGCUACACUUCAGCAAGGAUAACUGUAAUGGUGGUGGCUCGGCUGACUUCGAGCCUAGCUCAGUCUGUUUGGCGAAGAUGGUACAGAACUUUAUUGAGGAGAACAACGAGAAGCAACAAUCCAGCGCCGUCAGGUGUGGCCGCAGCCGUUGCAACGGCUUCAAUGGCAGCUGUAGCGACAGCUCCGAAGACGAAUUGGACUCUUAUUUCGGUGAUACCAACCUCGCUUCCUCUGGCGAAACCUAUGAAAUUCUGAAGAGUUUGGUGCCUUGCACAAGUGUUUAUGAAAAGAAUUUACUAACGGACACGGCGAAGAUUGUAGAGAAGAACAAGAUCUGUAAGCGGAGAGACGAUAAUUGCAGGAAGAUAGUGACUGAUGGAUUGUUGGCACUCGGAUACGACGCCUCUAUUUGUAAAUCUCAUUGGGAUAAAUCCCCCGCUUACCCCGCCGGUGAUUACGAAUACGUAGACGUGAUAAUUCAAGGUGAAAGAUUGAUAAUUGACAUUGAUUUCAGAUCAGAAUUCGAAAUUGCUCGAUCGACGAAGACUUAUAAAUUGGUUCUCCAAAGACUGCCUUACAUCUUUGUGGGUAAAGCGGAUCGCCUUCAGAAGAUUAUAGGCAUCUUAUCGGAGGCGGCCAAACAGAGCCUCAAGAAAAGAGGGAUGCAUAUCCCGCCAUGGAGAAAAGCUGAUUAUAUCGAGGCCAAGUGGCUUUCUCCUCACCUGCGUGAAAUUAAGAACAACCGCCCUCUGGGUUUAACUGAAAGCGAGUUUGAGAUAAGUCAUGGGGAGAACAAUAACUCGGUGGAUGAUGGUGAAUUGGGAGAGUCUAUGUUUGUUUUGUCUGAAAGUUCAGAAGAAGAGAAGAAAGUUUGGAAUCCACCUGAAGUUAAGCCCAGGAGUUUGCAGAUCGACGCGAAGAUUGUGACUGGCUUGGCUUCACUCAUUGAAGAUCAUCAGCCAUUAAUUUUUUUUUUUUUAAAUAAUGGGCAUCAUCAUAUAAAUCCCCUUCUGGUUUUUAUGUAAGGGUGUUUUACUGGUAUCAUCAAUAAAAUCCUCGUAUGAAUCGUAGGUUAUUAAAA